UUCCAGCAGCUUUUCUCCUCCUACGUAGUGGAGGAACUGCUUUGCAGUGACACGUCACAGCUCGGGAUUUAUUUAUUUAUUUAUUGCAUUUGUAUACCGCCCCAUAGCCGAAGCUCUCUGGGUGGUUUACAACAAUUAAAAACAUUAAUUCUGUCCCGCUCCCUCCUUCCUUUCCAGUUUUCUUUUGCCUUCGCCAUACGCUCCCUCUGCCCUCCCUUUUGCGCUCGGCCCCUCCUUCCUCGGAAGCUCACGGUCCCCGCCCCACGUCCCCUCUCCCUGGGACGCUAUUGAAACUCGCGCCAGCCGAAAUGCAAAGUCCGCUGUAAGAUGGCAGCCACCACCAGGCACGGUCGGUGGCUGGUCACAGCUGGCGCCGCUCCCCUGAUGAUCUUGGGGGGCCGCAGAGCAUCCCACGCGGGGGCUGGUGCCUCCCUGAAGCGGGAGUACGACGCCGUCGUGAUAGGGGCAGGACACAACGGGCUAGUGGCUGCAGCUUACCUGCAAAAAGGGGGUUUGAAGACGGCUGUGCUGGAGAGACGACACAUUGUGGGGGGUGCUGCAGUCACUGAGGAGAUCAUCCCAGGGUUUCGCUUUUCAAGAGCCUCCUACCUGCUCAGUCUGCUGAGACCCCAGAUUUACUCAGAACUGGACUUGAAGAGACAUGGCUUAAAAGUGCUUCCACGUGACCCAUAUUCCUUUACUCCAUUGCUGGAGGAUGGUCAAGGCGGAAAAUUCCCCCGCUCGCUUCUGCUGGGCAACAGUAUGGCCGACACACAGAACCAGAUUGCCCAGUUCUCUGUAAAGGAUGCCCAGGCCUUUCCCAAGUAUGAGGAGUUCAUGAGCCGCUUGGUGUCAGCCAUAGACCCUCUGCUUGAUACCUGCCCUGUGGACAUGGCUGUGUUCAGUCAGGGCUCCCUGCUUCAAAAGCUCGGAGCCUUAAAAGGCCUGCAGGCUCUGCUCCGUGCAGGCUUUGUUCUGGGGAAAGAUCUUCCCCAAUAUUAUCAGAUCCUCACAUCCCCCAUUUCCAAGAUCUUGGAUUUUUGGUUUGAGUCAGAGCCCUUGAAAGCGACAUUGGCAACAGAUGCAGUGAUUGGUGCCAUGGCUGGUCCCCACACACCAGGUAGCGGGUAUGUGCUGCUGCAUCAUGUGAUGGGUGAGCUAGAGGGGCGGCAGGGGGCUUGGGGCUACGUGACAGGUGGCAUGGGUGCACUUUCCCAGGCCUUGGCCAGUGCUGCAACUAUGCUCGGGGCUGAGAUCUUCACAGAGAAGGCUGUUGCCCAGAUUCUUCUGAGUUCCAAUGGGAAGGCGCAAGGUGUUUGCCUCCAGGAUGGAACUGAAGUGAAGAGCCACCUGGUGCUGUCCAAUGCAUCUCCUCAGCUCACUUUUCUGGAAUUGACCCCUCAGGAGCAACUGCCCCUGGAGUUUGUUCAGAGAAUUUCACAGUUUGACACACGUUCUUCGGUCACCAAGAUCAACGUGGCUGUUGAUCGGUUGCCCGUUUUCCUAGCAGCUCCAAACACCAGUGACGGCUCCCCCUCACCCCAUCAUCAGUGCUCCAUCCACCUGAACUGUGAGGACAUGCAUAUCUUGCACUGGGCCUUUGAGGAUGCCUGCCAGGGGAGGCCAUCGACCAGGCCCAUGAUUGAACUGUGCAUUCCAUCUGCCCUGGACCCCACACUGGCUCCACCAGGCUGCCAUGUGGUCUCUCUCUUCACUCAGUACACCCCCUACAAACUGGCUGGAGGGAAGCAGUGGAAUAAAUGUGAGCGUGAUGACUACGCUGACCGAGUAUUUGAUUGUGUUGAAGCCUACGCACCUGGGUUCAAGGCCUCCGUCAUUGGCAGGGAUGUUCUAACACCUCCGGACCUGGAGCGGAUCUUUGGCCUACCUGGCGGGAAUAUAUUUCACGGAGCAAUGUCUUUAGACCAGCUGUAUUUUGCCCGGCCAGUGCCUUCCUACUCUAGCUACCGAUCUCCAAUCCAAGGCCUGUACCUCUGUGGAAGUGGCGCACAUCCUGGAGGAGGUGUCAUGGGAGCAGUGGGGCGCAAUGCUGCGAGAAUGGCUCUGGAGGAUUUCAAGGACCUGUGACAUCCCUGGUAGGACCAUUUAGCUGCUCUGGCUCAGGAAAAGGGACUUCACCAGUUUUCCACCUAAGCAUUCUCCCAAUUGGGAGGCAAGCACCUGGAAGCAACUCUCUGAUGCGCUAACUCUGGGCCGAGUUCAAGAGAUAACUCUCCAGGCUUGCCAUCCUUGAGGCUUGUGGCUCCUGGUGUGACAUGAUCAUGGAGCACGAGAUGGGCAGUUCUCUUGCAGAUGGACUCAAGCAUGUCACGAGCACGUUUGCCAUGCUCUUGUUACCAGUCCCAUCCCCAGCUUUAGAACUCAGCUAGUACACUCCUCAUGAAUGCUCCUAUUCAACCUGGAGCAGUUGUUUUUUGCAAAGGCUCUAGUUUCCGCUGCCUUCCUCCUUGGGCUGGUUGGGGAUGGAGCCUGUGAUCCUUGCUAGGGGAAGAGGAGCAAAGUUUAGAGUCCUGGGUGAGGCCGGAUCCUGGGUAAUAGCUCUCUCUUGGGCUGCAUAUGUCAGUAGCAUAAGGAUCCACUGGGUUGGUGGCUUCCUUUGAAUGCCCUGUAGCAUCAGUGUUUCUUUUGAAAGCCUUGCCCAUGCUGCUGAACCUGGCUUGUGCAGGGCAUCUUGGCUUCUGUUCCUCAACAUUUUAAAACACGGUCAUUCUGCUACUGUGGCUCCAAACACUGAACAAACUGCCUUAAGAAACAGCUCAAAGCCUUGACAUCUCUGGAAGCUCAAAAACAAGGCCAAGUUGUUCCAGUACAGCUUGAGCAAAGGGAAAAGGAGAGUCCGCUGCUGUUCACGUCUUCUGACCUUUGUGCUCCCUAUCCAAAGCUGAUAUGCCUGACUGAGCCCCAGUCCAAAAGAGCCAUAUUUCUCACUAGCAAAGAGCAGCUGCUUGCAAACAUCUCUCUGCAUUCUGACUGCAAAUCCAGCUAGGAAGUGGCCAGAAGCCAGCUGUCCUCUCUGGCAGGGCCACGGUUGGGUUUCAUACACAGGGCAGCCUGAUUCAUGAAUCAGUUGAGCCAGAGCGCUUGGCUUUCAUCCAUUUCUAUCCUAUUGAAAUCACUGGGGAUAAAUCAGCUUAUAUCUAAAUACUCCACUUUAAUUGGCAGAUGGAACUGAGCCAAAGUGUGUUAACACAAUAAGGGAAAAUCAAUAACUAACUUUCCUCUCUAGCUAUGAUGGAUUGUUUUCACAUGAAGAAAUGAUUGUAAAAUCAUUGCAGACUGUACACUUAGAAAAUGUAUGUUCAAAGAUUAAAGAGUUUUUAAAAGACUGAAAA